ACCGGAAGUUGGUCAUGAUAAAUGAUGGCGGUGAUCCAUAAAAAAAUAAAAAAGAUUUUUGUUUAAAGUCGAAAAGUGUAAAUUUGUUUAUCACUAAAUUAAAAAAAGAAAGAAACAUCUAAAACGUAUAGAAACAAGUAAAAUAUUAUUUCGCGUAUCGACCAUUACUUUUAUUAUAAUGUAUCAGUGUCGAAAAUCGAUAACAGCACCCGUCGCCAGCACAAAAACACAGCUCGAAGUCUGGAGCAGCCGUCAGCCGGUCAAAUCAAAGUCAGAAUGCAAACGUAAGAUACUGCCGGUGAUUGUAGACAACGAGGCCGCCACCAGACGCAGCCCAACCACCGCGAACAACAACAACAAAGAUCGACAUCUUGUACAGGCGAACAACGUGAAAAACUCCCGGGCGUCCGCUUGUAAAACCGGUAAAGUUGUGAACAGACGGCUACAUCGGCACACGGACGUGAACCACAGCAAAGCUACCAAACGCGCCGCGUACCUAGACUACGGAAAAAGCUCAGACCGCGGAAACGACGACACCUUAAAUCCUUUACCGAAUCCUUACGCUGAGUUGGCCAAAAAGCUCAACAAAAAAGCCGACGAAGGGACUACAGACGAGGCGCCCACUAUCAAGUCUCUUGACACCCCGGUGAAAAAAACCUUGAAAGAUAAAGUGAAGGAUACGUCGGGUGAUCAGCUCAAUCCCUACGAUGGCUACUAUGACGAUGAUGAAAAUGAAGAGGACGAUGAUGAGGAAGGAGAGGGUGCACCACAAGCGGUCAGGGCGAUGCAGUUUUUAAAACCGCAGUCAUCUAAUAAAAAAACGGAAAUCAUUGACCACCACAAACUACGAAUGGAGGAAGUGGCACGGAACGUUUCGACGGUCAAGCUACUUCAUCACCUGAGAAGCGCCGGCUACUUCAACUACAGCUACGCUAGGCACGCUCGGACAUCAGUGACAAAUCUAAACCUGCACACGGGAAAAAAGAAAGGGAUGGAGAAACUAAUCACUCUGUUAAAUAAUUCUGGGAAACAGACAGCUGUUACCAUGUCUACCGGAAGUGAAAAGAAAUAGUCGUCUGCGUUUUCCUAUUAAAGAGAUAUAUUUUAGCAGCAGCUGCGUAAAAAAAAAAAACACAUUUUUUUUAAGAAUUUAAAAUGAAUUCAAGUGUUAUUCAAACGCGUUUUUGAAACGUUUUUUUUUCUUGAAUUCAGUUCUGAAGAGUCAUUUGCAGUUUUAAUAGCUAGAGCUAUUUUUUUUUUUUGGUCUACUUUGUGGGGUCGUGCAUAACUGAAAUCUUAAUCCAUUAAUUCUUAUCAUGUUCUUAUUGUUCAUUGACAUUUUUCAUGA